GAUAAAAUGAUUGAAUUAAAACAACUGAAACUUUUCACACUUAACUCAUUGUUAACAUGUUUUAUCGUAAUACUUAAAGUUUAUUGUCAAUUGAUUACUGCCGAGGAUAAUGAUGUUCACUUUGAUUUCAAUAAAUAUUUCAAAGUUAAUAUAGCGACUAAUAAACCAAUUAUGUUGGAAACGUUGGUCACACUAUACAACCCGCAUGCCUGGCCGGGACCUAAUGAUACCCAUACGUCAACACCCAAACCUACAACCACUUCAAUGCCAUUCCGAAGACAAAGAGCUCGGUUUGCGUACGGUUUGAGACGAUCGGCGGCUGAGUUUCGCAAUCAUGGCUACGGUUACGACUGGAAUAUUAGCCAACCGGUCACCUAUCGGCCCAUAAUUUACGAAAAUAAUAUGAAUAAAACUUAUAUCCCUAAUAAUUAUGAUACAAAUUUUACUAUUAGUCCAAUUAACAGAAAAUUUUAUGAUACAAACUAUGAUCACAUUUAUGGCGCUAACAAUACCUUUACUUAUAGGCAAAACUAUACACAGGAUUAUUAUAAUAAUAAUAAUACAGUAAAGUGGACAACAUUUGUGCCAAAUUAUAGUUACGGUUAUCGGAUAGUCACUGAGCGACCAUUGUUUAGCUACAAUGUUAACAAUACCCGAAAUUUUCCUGUUUAUCGGCCAAAGGUGUUGGUCCGCAAUGAAUGGCCAACAGUACGAAACUUUACAUUACAGACAAUCGGCAAUCAAACGGCUAAUUCAACCUUCAGAUGUGAAUAUAUGCGAUAUUUUGGAUAUUAUGCCGAUAUUAAUACAAAUUGCAGAGUAUUUCAUGUGUGUACACCUGAUGGCCGUAAAUCGACGUUUAUCUGUCCCUACGGUUUGCUGUUUAACCAAAAGCUAACGGUGUGUGACUGGAGCCGUAACGUUGACUGUCGACAAUCCAUACAGUUUUACGACACAAAUAACUUAAAAUUUGAUAAC